UGUUUUGAUUAAGUAAGUCAAACAUUUAAAUACUUCUUUUAUAUUAUUACUUGGGUCGGUAACUCUUUUUAAAAUAUGUCAAUCAAUUAUCAUUUUCAAUUGUGCAAGCUGCAUACGAACCGAAAGAUUUAAAUGAGUGCCUUCAUCCAGUUUAUCCAGAGCCUUCAAACUGAAAAGAUCAGAGUGCCUUCAAAAAAAUGGGUGAAGAAAUAGAUGUCCUAUUGGAUAGAGAUAGUUGCACCAUCAACGGAGUGGACCAAGAACAACCCGAUGCGAUUCAUAACGACUCUAAUAUGGAAAUAUUUACUGAGGACGACUCAAGGCCAUAUACCUAUUUGCAAAACUGUCAUUUCGUUUGCUUAUGUGUUCUUUAUAAUUUUUGCAUGCUUUUAAUAGUUGUGUCAAUAUACAUUUACAAACGAUGGAAUUAAAAAAGCGACUUUUAAAAUAAUUUUGAGUACG